GCCAUCUGACGCCACUUCCUUCCAAACGUUUCUUGCACGUUUACUUUAUCAUUUAGGAAUUCAGGAAUUUAGUCAAAAAUCUCUAACAUUUCUCACAAGAAUAGAUGGGAAGAUCCCAAAAGAGCGUUACUCAUGAUCACGAUUAUUGUUUCAAAAUAUCUCAAGAAAAAAACGAAAUCGAAAUGGUGAUGGAAACCCUCAAAAAAUCGUCUCCAAGAAAAGAUUCAUUUUGUCUUUCGCCGACAAGUAGCAGUGACAGUGGUAUUGAUUCCAUCGCUAAAGACUUAGUCAAUGGCUUUGGCGAAGAAGGUGAUGAUUUGUUAAAUUUUUUACUUGACAAUGCUAUCAGUGAUUUAGACUUCAAACAUGAAAAGCCGCUUGUCUCGAAGGACGAAAAGCGUAAUGAAAAGACGCCAUGUUCUAAGGCCAAACUGAACUCAAACUCAGACGAAGAGCUGCAAAAGAGCCGAAAAAAUGCAGAGAACGCCAAGGAAAAUCGUCGAAAGAAGAAGUUGUAUGUUGAAGGAUUAGAAAUGGAGGUUGGGUCUCUCAGAAGAGAAAAGGACUCUUGGACAGGAAAGUCAAAUAUGUUGGAAAAGAAGAUUGAGGCUCUGGAAAACGAAGUGGAUUAUUUGAAAAGUGUCCUGGCCAAUCAGAGCAUGUUAUCGAAGUUGAUCAAAGGCAUUCCUCAAACUGCUGGUGUUUCAUUGUCUACUUCUCUGUGUUCAUUUAGGAAGUCCUCGUCAAUGGAUAAUGAAGACAUUUUAAAGAAUAAUGGAAUAUCAUUAACGGAUAGCGAAGUCUCCUCAAAGGAUAAAGGAGUGUGUUCCAGAGAUAAUGGAGUGUGUUCCAGGGAUAAUGGAGUGUGUUCAGAAAAUAAUGGGUUGUCUCAUGGGAAUAAUGGUGUGUGUCCAGGGGAUAAUGGAGUGUGUCUCUGGGAUAAUGGAAUGUGUCUAGGGAAUAACAGUGUGUGUUCCCACAAUACCCAUGUGGAUCAUGAAAAGGUGAAGAGACAUGUUCAACUAAUGAAGCGAACUUUGUCAGAAGAUGAUGUCACUCCCAAACGAAGUAAGUUGGCUCCUGGUGGAGUGUGUCUUCAUGUCAAAGAAAGCAAAGUUUCUUUGGAGUUCUGUCGACAUUGUAGUAAGAUGGCCAAUGAUUGAUGACAAUUGAUCAUUAUAGAGCUGUCUUUAUUACAUUAUUCAUCAAAAAAUCUUUUCAAGAUCUUAAAUUGUGGGUAUUCUUUAUGCUUAUUGUAAAUAGUUGUUACAUUGCUUGAGCUUUUCGAAUUCAAAGAAUGAAAGCACUUUAUGAUUACGGUGU